AUGUUACGACUAUCUAGAGUAUCGCUCUUUUCAGCACUUGCACUCUUCGGUGCCCUGCGGGUCCAGGCUGCCAACGAUGUUCUUUCAACAAGUGGAUUCGCAUCAUGCGGUUCCGGGGACGGCGACAUCGUCGUCCGAAAUUUCAAGGUCGAAUAUGACAGAUCGAAUAUGACCGUCAAGUUCAAUGUUGCAGGAGAAUCGAAACGACAGCAGGAGGUCAUCGCAGACUUGGUUGUUACAGCUUAUGGCAAGGAAGUUUAUAGGCAAUCUUUUGACCCUUGUGAAAAAAAUAUUGCCCUGCUAUGUCCAUUGCCCGUUGGAAAUUUCUCUGCUGCCGACACCCUUCCAAUCCCUCCGGAGUUCGCUAGCCAGAUUCCUGCUAUUGCAUUCACGAUUCCCGACCUUGACGGGCUGGCUAAACUGGAGCUGAGAUCAAAGACUAAUGGAACUGAUGGUGGUCAAACCCUCGCUUGUCUUCAGUCUAGUGUUAGAAACGGAAAGACUGCUGAACAACCUGCCGUAGCUUGGGUCACCGCCGGUAUUGCCGGGGCUGCAGCUAUUCUUGGAUCCGUCUCGAUCAUUUCUUCGGCUGCCGGUCUUGGAGCCGGUGGUUCCAGCGGUGGUUCCAGCGGCCCUUCACCAAACGUUGUCGAUGUUGUUCUGUGGUUCCAGUUCGUUUCCACUAAUGGCAUGUUGAGUGUCAACUAUCCUCCAGUCUACAGAUCUUUCGCAAAGAACUUCGCCUGGUCGACUGGCUUGAUUCCCUGGAAUGAUAUGCAACGUAGCAUCGAUCAGUUCAGAUCUAAGACUGGAGGAAAUGUUACCAAGUCUUCCUUCGACCUUUUGAAGAACACAACUUUGAUUUUUACUUCUGGCGACUCGGACUCAACCCUGAAGAAGCGUGCUGUUGAUCUCUGGGGAACUCUUCUCAGGAGGGCGCCAGUUGAACUUGAGGCUAGCAUCAAUGGAACCAAUCUUGGUGCAUCAGCUCCCGCUACCAACGACGACCAAGACAGCGGAUUUAUGAAACAAGUUCAUGGAAUUGAAGCCUUCGUCGAGGAUUUGUCUAUUCCAAACACUAAUACGUUUAUGACCGUUCUUCUUACCUUCCUGUGUGUACUUGCUGGUACCGCUGUUCUUAUUUUGCUCUUCAAGGUCAUUUUGGAACUUUACUGUCUCUGCGGAAAGUUGAACAAGCCUCUUGCCAGUUUCCGAAAGAGGUAUUGGACAUUCCUUCUGGGAACCAUGGUCCGAAUCAUCCUCCUCAUUUAUGGUAUCUGGGUUAUCUACUGCCUCUAUCAAUUCAAGCAGGGAGAUUCCUGGGCCGCUAGCCUUCUCGCCGGUGUCACUCUCGCCAUCUUCACCAGCGUUCUAGUCUUUUUUGUUUUCCGAAUUACCAAACUUGCCAAAAAGGCCAAGAAGCUUGAAGCCGAAGGUGGUCAACAGCUCCUUGAGGACAAGGGUAACCUUCGCAAGUACGGUCUUUUCUAUGAUCAAUACAAGUCGACUUUCUGGUGGAUGUUUAUCCCAUUCAUCAUCUACCUUUUCGCCAAGGGCGCAAUCAUCUCUCUCGGUAGUGGAAAUGGUCUUGUUCAGUCCAGUGGUCAACUCGCCUGCGAACUUAUUCUCUUCGCCUUCCUUGUUAUCGGUCGCCCUUUCAACAGCAAGGCCGGAAACGUCAUCAACAUCUUCAUUGCUGUCGUCCGUAUCAUCUCUGUUGCUUGCGUCUUAAUCUUCACCGAACAGCUCAGAAUCUCCCAGACUACCACCACUGUCACUGGUGUCGUCCUCAUUGUCGUCCAGUCCCUCCUUACCGGCCUCCUCGCCAUUCUCAUUGCAGUUAACGCCAUCGUAAUCUGCUGCAAGACGAACUACUACACCAAGAAUCGCCACAACCGUGAGAAACUCGCCGAAGAGGCUAAGAUCAGGGAAGGAUUCAACCCACACGACCGACGAGCUUCUAUGGGUCCCGGCGCCCUCGGAGGCUAUAGCGACGGCAAGGGCAAAUACCAACCUACUCCUACUCGUGACGAGUUCCAUUUGGAUGAGAUGUAUCCCCCACCACGUGGUACAUACAUGCCACCGCCACACGAUCGUGAUGGCUCACCCGUCCCACACCCACACCCGUACGGCAGGGACGGUCACGAAAGGUCGUUCAGCAGUGAACGCCAAAUGGACUAUGUCAACCACAGCCGGCAAAGUCUAGUCGGAAGUGCGGCUCCAAUGAGCCAACAACCAACAUUCGAUAACCGGUUCCCGCCAACAUCUUACGAUGAGUAUCGCGGGAACCAAAGAUGGUAA